GACAUGUUGACUGGCCGUAAGACAGGUAAAUAAUCAACAGAGGAUGCAAAAUUUCCCCAUGGCUGACACAAGAAAAUGACAAAACCCAUCGGCUGACUGGAGCCAACAUGAAACGGCAGCCUUUACCAAGGCCAUCGAGACACAGAAGCACACGGUCUCUAACAAGGAGCAGAUGCUCAGCCGACUUCUACUCCCUAGUUUACCUGACACCCCCCCCUCCGCUCUUAAAGAGUUGGCGACAUCAAAGAGACAGCCAGUAGCAAUGGAUGUGCUUGGUUCCAAAAAUAACGAAAGUACCUUCCCCAGCCUCGGGGAUUUGGAUGACUUUCUCACCAAGCACAACUCGAACUUUAUUUGGCUCCUCGUUGCCACCAUUCUGUCCUGUGGAUGGAUCAUCUAUUUAACUUAUUAUAACUCUCGAAACAUUGGUCUCAUCCUCACCUACAUCAUCAACAGACUUUACAAGGAUGGCUACAUUCAUAUUGGCUCCUUCUCCUUCUCUGUGCUGUCAGGAAAAGUCAUGUUCAGAGAUGUUUACUAUAUCAACCAAGACAUGUCUAUCAGGAUUCAAGAUGGGUUCCUCAUAUUUCGCUGGUGGAAAAUGUAUAACCCCAAGCAAAAACAGCAUGACCCUAAGGCGGAGACCAGGCUUUACGUGACAGUUAAUGGCUUCGAGUUUCAUGUCUACAAUCGGAUAGACCUCUAUGCUCGCCUGCAAGAGACUUUCGGCCUGGAGCCGACACUCAGCGCAUCCAAAAAAGAUGUCGACCGUGGAGGGGAGGGAAGAAGCAAGACAAUUGAACAUGUGAACAUUCAAUCCGAAAAUCCAGACCCCACGUCGUCAUGGCGCUCCCUCAUUCCUGUCAUCAAAGUUAACAUCAGUACGGGUCGACUGGCAUUUGGGAAUCAUCACCUACCUCAGACUUUGUGCUUCAAUUUUGAGGAUGCCUUCCUGACCUAUGCCACUAAGCCUCCAUCUAGCCACCUGGACCAGUACAUGCACAUUGUGAAAGGCUCACUAGAGAACGUCCGAGUCAUGCUGGUUCCUAGCCCACGUUAUGUUGGCAUGCAGACUGAUGAACCGCCUAGGCUGAUGGGUGAAGGUUUUGUUGUCAUGCAAUCCAAUGAUGUUGACCUCUACUACUACCAAGAUGAGCCGGGUGUCGUACCAGUGGAACAAGGGAGUGGGGAGGAAGCUGAGACACCCAGUGAGGAUGACAAGCUGCAAGAUCUUCCUCCAUGCUGGGGUCUUGACAUAGUCUGUGGAAAAGGAACUGACUUUAACUACGGCCCCUGGGCAGAUCGCCAGAGGGAUUGUCUAUGGAAAUUCUUCUUGCCGGCGGACUAUCAGGACAUGAAGGUGACUGAAAUGGCCCUGCCAGGAAAACCCAGACAGAUUCAGGCCUUCGAGCUCCGUAUGAACAUCAUUGCGGAUGCUACGAUUGACCUGCUUUUUACCAAAAACAGGGAAACCAAUGCCAUCCAUGUGAAUGUAGGUGCAGGUUCUUACCUAGAAGUCAACAUCCCCAUGACUGUCAGAGAGACUGGCUACUCGCCCACCAUCAAAGGACAGCUGCUUCAUGUUGACACCACGAGCAGCAUGCAGUACAGGACUUUGCUUGAGGCUGAGAUGUUAGCUUUCCAUGUGAUUGCCAGCUACCCCCGGGUAUGGAAUAUGCCCCAGUCUUGGCAGUGUGAGAUUGAGGUGUACAAGGCAACGUACCACUUCAUAUAUGCCCAGAAAUUUUUUUUCACAGAUUUGAUUCAGGACUGGGCGAGUGACAGUGCACCAGACAUCUACUCCUUUCUUCCUUAUUUUUGGACAUUCAAGAUGUCUUUUCACCAGUUUGAGAUGAUCUGGGCAGCAAACCAGCACAACUGGAUUGAUUGUUCCACCAAGCAACAGGAGAAUGUGUAUCUGGCAGCAUGUGGUGAGACGCUCAAUAUAGACUUUACUUUGCCUUUCAAUGAGUAUGUUCCAACUAUCUGCCAUACCCGCUUCAUCUUAAAGGCGGAGGAUACAGACAUGCGACUGUCUCUCCCUGAGUGCCACCCCAGCCGCUACCCCCUCCUCACCCUUGCAAAAGAUUACCAGAAUGUCAAGCUGCCCCCAGACAUGUUCAUGCCAGGGGAAAAUCAAAGUGCCCCACCUCCUAAACCUACCAAACCCCAAUGGAGGAAUAUCACCCACUCAGAAGCUGGCUGGGUUGACUGCUGGAGUGUACCAAACUUCCUGCUCAUCAUUGAUUACACGUGGCAUCCCAUUUAUCCCCAAAAAGCUGAUGAGCAACUCAAACAGUCAUUGUCUGAAAUGGAGGAAUCAAUGCUGUCAGCUUUAAGGCCCCCUGAACACACUUCAGGACAACACACCCACCCGUACUACAAUUCUUCUUCAGCCGCCCACGGCCGAAUACCAAUCGACCCUUCAGAGCUACCCUCUGACAGACUUCAUGUGGAGAUGGAAAUGUCUCCAGAUUCUCAAAUUAUCCUCUAUGGGCCUUUACUUAGGGCUUUGAUUUCCAUAAAGGAAAAUUAUUUUGGCGAAGAUGACAUGUACACAGACUUUGAAGAGACUGUGUCCAGUCCAGUUUUGUCCACUUCCUCAUCUGGCCUUGGUUGGGCCCCUCUGGGAAUUGAUGAGAGUGGACAUAAGGAAACAUCUGAUAUACAUCCCUUGGACCUGCGACCCUGGGACAUAACUGUACUCAUCAAUCUUUACAAAGUCCAUGGUCGACUGCCUAUGCACUGUAGCAAUGAGGGGCCAGAAGGACCAUCUGGCUUCUUAGAGCGGCUAUGUUUUGAAAUGAAGAAAGGUUACAAGGAAACUAUGCUUCAGCUACUGUUGUCACCUGUUCACAUCUUUGUUAGCGACAACUACCAGCGUCCCACAGUGGAUGGGGUGUUAAGGGAUGGCCACCUAAGUCUGUCAGGCCUGCAGAUGAGGGCUCACGCCAUGUUCUCUGCACAGGGUUUGCCACUAGGAAGUGACACCCUUGAAUACGCCUGGCUCAUCGAUAUGCAAGCUGGGGGUCUUAGCGGCAGAGUGACUAUUCCACAGGUGGCCAUUCUGAUAGAGUGGGGGAAGUAUUUCGUUUUUCAUGUGAUGUCCCGUGAGUUCCAGCUCGAACAUCCAAAGCCAAUUAUCAUCUGCCAGCAUGGUGUUGAUCGGCGCAUCUGUGACGCUAAGUUAACUUGCUUGCCCGGUCACUGUCGAACGUCAGAGGAGCUCAAGUACACCAUGACGCGACUGGCCAUGGAUGGAGUGGACCUGUUCAUUGUUGAACAUGGCUGCGCUGCUAACGUCAAAACAGGCUUUUUACGUGUGGCCAACUGCAACCUACAUAAUCAGGCAGUGGGAGAGGGCAUCAGCGCUGUGGUGCAAGACCUAAACAUUCAACAGUACAUCGAGCAGCAGCAGCACAGUGAGACGAGCAGGCUGCUGCCAGCUGGGCAGGGGCAAGGUCCAGGUCAGCCACUCAGUCUCUGCCAGCCCCUGGUGAUGAGACGCUCUGUCUGGCUGGAGGCGGGUUCAGUCAACCUGAACCUCAUCACUGCGGACAUUGCCCUGGCUGCAGACCACUCAGCCAAAUGUGAAGUUCAGAGGCAAUUUCUGGAACUACAUGACACGCAGACCAAAAGACUCUGGUUCCUGUGGCCUGAAGAAGCUGGCAUUAGAAACAAGCGGAGCAGGAAUCGCUGUGGCUGCCUUGGAGGCUGCAGGUUUUUUGGAGGAACCAAUAUGGGCGUGGACUUCUUCAAAUUGGAAGAGAUGACACCCUCUUCCUCAUCUGCAUUCUCUUCCUCUAGCACUGAGUCAGAUAUGUGUUAUGGGCAGUCUUUGCUUCAACCUGGAUUGUGGAUUAUGACCAAAGAAACACCCAAAGUGGAUGGAAGGGUUGUUGGACUGAAAACUGAUACACAUUCACCCUGCCUCCCUCCUGAGGUGCCUGAGAGGCGUGGUCAACAGCACCUUAGUCUCCAGGUGCCCCAAUGCUCUCACAGCUCUGCCUCCUCCUCUGAGGAGAAUAGUUCCUGCAGUGCGGCCUUACCCCUACUGGCUGGAGAAAGGGAUACCCCCUCGCCAAGUGUGGAACAACGCAUGUUUCUUGUGAAUGGAAAAAGUCCUGUUGAUACUUUCCGUGAUAUUCCGGAGGGCUCACCCAUUUCACCUAACAACUCCCAGGAACGCACCUCAGUGCGCUCACCUCUUUGCUCUCCCCUCAAGCGCCAGUCCUCAGUACACUCUAGUCGAUUAGGCAGUACUAAGAGCUUGUCAGCUGCUGUAUUCAAUGACAGACCUCCCCCAGUGCUGUCUGGGGGUGUCCAGUUCAGCGGUGAUGUUUCCCGCAGUGACGAAAACGUUCUGGAUUCACCACGUCAGCGUCGAAGCUAUGGCUCGUUCCCCUUUACACCCUCAGCAGACUCCAACACCUUCCAUCAGUACCGAUCUGCAGACUCUAGUAUGUCGGUUGCUGACAGCGAAGUCUACUUCUCUGCCGCUGAAGAGUUUGAGCCGAUCAGCAGCGCUGAUGAAGGUCCAGGGACAUACCCGGGGCGGAAAAAGAGGAGAAGGCAACAGAUGCAGCCACCGCCACAGCCUCCUUAUUACAUGGAGAACUACAGCCGGAGCUCCAUCUACCACAGUGUUGAAGGUCCUCUCACUUAUGUCCUCAACGGGGAGCUUAUUACUGAACCCCGCCCUCUGCCUCUGCCGCCAACGCUACCCCCAUUGCCUUCCCAACCUCUGCCAAGCCACAUAUCUCAGGCCUCCUUUGUAUCUGCCCUGGCCAUGGAGGACGAGAGUUCAGUGGAAGCCGAAAAGACUGCAGAGCCUGGCCCAGUAACAAGACAACCCCAUGUGAUGGCUUGCUACCAGAACUACCUGGCCCACUAUCAGGUGUCGAAUUGGUCUGUCAAGCAGCCCAACAAUAAGAGGACCUCCAAAUCUUCUCUACAUCGUCCCUUAGAUCUUGACACACCCACAAGUGAAGAAAGCUCAGCAUCCUUUGACCAGCUCUCUGUUCCAAGCUUUAAGGUAAUAAAACAUGGCCUCUCAGCCACUUCACUGUUAGAUAGAGGACUUCAGCUCAUGGGUGAUAACAACAGCACGCCAUAUACUCCCCUGGAUAAGAGAGCUAUGGAGAAUACUGAUGAGGAUACAACAACGGAUGACUGGUCUCUUGAGCAGCCUCUAGCUCAAACCAGGACCACAGCCAUAGUGGAGGUGAAGGGUGCCAUUAAUGUGGUGCUUACACCCCUUGUUGCAGAAUCCUUGGACAGGUACAUAGAGUCGAUGGUCCAUUUUGCCAGUAUCCGUCAUCCUGCUGCCAUUCUAGAUGACCUGCAUGGAAAAGUUCUCAAUGAAGCUUAUCAGAUCAGUAAAUCUACAGUUACUGAAUCUUUUUCAGCCCAGUAUCUGCAGUCUCAUUGUAGUGAAUUUGGAUCUACACAGAGCCAAGCAAUCAAACAGGAGCCCAAGUUUUUCCAGACAGAGGGCAUGAUCCAUGGCUCCCUCAAUAUCUCACAUGGCCAAACAGACCCGUCUGUCAAACCAGAUAAUGUGAAAAUCAAGGGCAUCCAAGCAAAUGUCUCAAUCCCUAAGGUGAACCUUUGUCUCCUACAAGCCUCUGUAGAGGAGAGUUUUCCAUCCUGCUCUAAUAAAUGUGUUACACAUGUGUCACUAGUGGCACUGUGCUUUGACAGGAUUGCAACCCAGUUCAAGAUGAAUAGGGGUAUAGUCGAAGAAAGCCCUAAUAUCACAGAACAUGGGCGACCCUCUGUAAUGUUAGAGAAGUAUGCAUCUGCCACGAAAAUGCAGCCCCAAUCAUCUGGCUCAUUACGUUCUAAUGCUGGCAUUGAGAAAGGAAAAGAAAUAGCAGCAAGGCUCAACAUCCACCGUAUCCACAGCCAGCUCAGAGGCCUUGAUUCCACAGACAUUGGCACUUGUGCCAUCACAGCCAUACCCAUUGAGAAGUCCAAAGUACUAUUUGGCAUGGAGGAAAUCGACGACUUUUCUCUUGUAGAUGAGACAGACAUCCAUUGUAGCUCUGGUGACCUCAGCCGUUCUACUGUAUCUCUUGAGAAAUGGGGCUGGAUCAUGUUUGAGUGUGGUAUUGAGAACCUUACAGUGAAAGGUGGUCGUCAGUCAGGUGCCAUUCUUUACAAUGCAUUUGUCAUGAUGGGGCCCUCAGAAAAUGGUGGAAAAGCAGGACUCCCCAAGUCUAAUGGAUCGAUUGGUUCUCAGACUGGGAGUGGUUAUAGCACUGAUGUAUCUGAUGACAACCUACCACGUGACACUGUUAGCCCUGCCUCAGAUGCUAACGGAUAUUCUGACUUAGAUGAUCAGGAUGAAGGGGUUGAGUCCGACGACCUGAAGAAAGAUCUUCCUCUAAUGCCUCCACCACCUGACUCAAGCAGUAUGAAACUGACAAUUCGCGAGAUUUGGUUUAGUUUUGCUGCUCCAACCAAUGUGCGGUCACCUUCACAGACCAUCUCUAGGCAGUUAAAUCUGCUCAGCACUGCCACUCCAGCCAUCGGAGCCUGGUUAGUUCCCAUUGACCAACUGAAAUCUUCUCUUCGCAAACUGGACAUGGAGGGUACACUUCGGGUGUGUGCAGUCAUGGGCUGCAUCAUGACAGAGGCUCUUGAGAAAAAGAGCAUCCACAUCCCAAUCCGAAGCAAGUACAAUCGAGUGACUAAGCGAGCACACUACCUGCACGAGAAUCCCUCAUGCAUGCUUUGUAACAUUCUUCACCGCUAUCUCCAACAGGCAGAUUAUUCUGUCAUAGAGGAGGCUACCAUGAAUGAUGGAGUUCCAGCCUUAGUAACUCUAAAAAAGGGUCUCGUGGCUUUGGCCCGGCAGUGGAUGAAAUUCAUUGUGGUUACUCAGGGCUUCAAAGCUAUUGGUCUGAUGAGGCCCAAUCAGCUGACUAAACCAAAGGAACCUCACCAGAAUCUUUCUGAGACAAUCCUGGGUCUGGACAACGGUGCAGCACUUCAAAGUGACACUAGUGGUGAUGGAGCUGAAUUUGAAUAUGAUGCAGCCACAGUGAGCGAACACACCAUGCUACUAGAGGGCGCGAGCAGUCGUCCGCCACCAAAAGAGGGAAACUCUGUUCCUGUCAGUGGAGUGGAGAUCAUGAGAAAACUCUCCAAGUCCCAUACUCACAGCGAGUCUGCACUACGAAUAAAGGGCUCCCAUCCAUAUCAGUCUCUGAGUUACACCAGCGGUGACACAGCCGCUGACUCACCAGCCCAUGUGAGCCGUGCAGGCCUGCCAGUCAAGGACAGCCCCAGGAAAGAGAGUCUCCUGAGCAAUUUAACAGGAAGCUUUCGCAGUCUGCACAACCUGCUGGAGGGGACGCCCCAGAGGAAUGAACCAUCUUUUGCUACAACAGCCAAGAGUGGUUCCCUUACUCGUACAGGGACAGAGAUGUUGACAGAGCACCCACUUCUAUCCGAGCCAUCCUCCGUUAGCUUUUACAACUGGAUGUCCAAUGCAGUGAGUAACAGGAGGGGGGCUGCAGUCCAGGACUCCCCGCUUAACCGCUCCCAGCACAAUAACCUCCAGAUGGGUGGGACAUGUAACCUACCAACUAUCCCUUCUGCAUCGGAUUUCAACACAGUGUUGUCCAGUGAUCAGAACACCUUGGAUGGGACCCACUCACAGCAUUCCCAGCAUAGCACCAGCCAGGAUGACAUUGCUGAUAUUGAAGAGGGGAAGCUCUGUCCUGCCGCUGUUCAACUGGCUGAUGCUCAGGUUGUUUUCAAGCCAUUGCUGAACUACACUGGCAUCCAAGCCCAAGACACUACUCCUCUCAGCUACAAGAUGUAUUUUGGAGAACAUCUGUCUUUUUCUGGCAACCUGGAGUGUCUGAGAGCAGACAUUGUGGACUCUGAUACAUCUAAAGAGCGCAAAACUAAAAGGUCCAGAAGGCAAGGCAUGGUGAACCUGCCACCUCUUGAUUUCAAACCAGCACUUCUUAUUGAGACUUUUAGCUUGAAUGCAGUCGUGAUGGAGAAGUCAACCACUGCGCCACAAGGUUCCACUGCGGUCCCAUUGUCCUUCCACGACCUCACCCGCCGUCACUACAACACAUUCCAUUGUGACUUCACAACAUCCUGCCAGGCCAUUAGCCAACGUGUCGACAUGGCUCUCGUGCGCCUUAUUCACCAGUUCAGCACCAUGAUCGACGAUAUCAAAGCCACUCAGACAGACAUCAAGCUAAACCGCUACACUGCAGGCUCUGCUUCACCAACCCCAACAUUCAAGACCCGACCAUACCGCCACUUCAGGUCGUCCGACUUUAGUAGGAGCUCACGAGGCAGCAUCAAUGGGACGGCACGCAGUGCCACACAAACCCUGAAAAGCAAAAGAGGUUUGGGUGGAGGGUUAGGUGGUGGAGGGACAGGGAUUGUUGGGAGCUUACCACUCAAUGUACCACCCUCAGGAAUGGACACAAUCGGAAGAAGGGAGCACAGAGGACGUGGUUCGCUUGGACGUUCAGAACGUCGCACCUCAAAGGUGUCAAGAAAGGGCUCGCGUGAUGUGGCGGACCAUAUGACAAUCCAGAUGGACGACUCUGACUCUAUCACAGUCUCAGAGCAGAGCGAGCCAUCUGCAGAAUGUUGGCAGAACAUGUACAAACUGCUCAACUUCUACUCACUCAUCUCAGAUCCCACAGGAAUCUUGGAGAAAAGUUCUGCAGGGAAUUGUUUGUCAGAAGCUGGCCGUCGGCCAUCAGAACCCCACUGUAAUGUCAUCUUUGAGAACGAACAGCAGGAUCCCACACCCACGAGGCCUCCUGCUGCAGUCUCAAGGCGGCGUAGUUUGGUGAGCUCUGAGGCCCAGCAUGUUACCCUCAUAGUGUUUGGUAUCGGCAUGGUGAACCGCACCCACCUGGAGGCUGACAUCGGUGGACUCACCAUGGAGGCAGAACUCAAGAAGAUACAUGGAAGUUUUACCCUCAAGGAGAAGAUGAAAGAUAUCCUACAUCAGAAAAUGACAGAGACCUGUGCAUCAGCCCACAUAGGCGGUGUAAAUAUUGUACUGCUAGAGGGCAUAACACCAGACAUUCAAACCGUGGUUAAAUGCAACAUCGCCAAGUCUCAAGCCUUGUACAGUGCCCAACGUGGACUGAAAACUAAUAAUGCAGCUGUCUUCAAAGUGGGAGCCAUCGUGAUCAACAUACCCCAACACCCAGCCACUUUACACAGCAUGAUGGUCCGCAGUUCCCAUCAGCUUUCCAAACAGAUCGCUGACCUCAUCCGACAGCCAUCGAAUGCUCAACCUCCUAAUAGGGAGGACACGCCCACCCCACAACCCUCUGACAAAGGAUCCAGCAUCAAUCAGACACCUGUUGAGGCCAAUGAGUUCCCCCAGCUUCCAGAAGGGCUCGAAAAGAAGCCCAUUGUCCUCAAGUUCAGCGCAAUGAUGGAUGGCAUCACCAUCGGUGCUGCCCUGCUGCCCUCGCUGAAAGCUGAGUACAAAAUGGGUCAUAUGAAAAGCCAUGGCAUGACAGGAGCUCAAACCAGCUUCACCUUUGAAUUGCCAAACCACAAGCUUUGCUUUCAAUCAAAAGUAUCUCCUGUGGACAUGUCCACCAUGCCACCGUCAGCAAGCCUCACCCUGCCUCAAGUCACAAUGUCUGGAGAAUACAUCAUGGAGGACCAUGAGAGUCACUCAGACCAGGGUUGGGGUGCUGAUGACUUCCCUGCAAAGCAAGGGAACUAUCUCCAAGGCAACUACCUGCGCUGUGUGGCUGAGAUUGGCUCUUUUGAACAUAACCUGACGACUGAUCUGCUAAACCACCUCGUUUUCCUGCAGAAAGUUUUUAUGAAGGAGGUUAAUGAGGUCAUCCAGAAGGUGUCAGGUGUUGAACAACCCAUCCCACUGUGGAAUGAGCAUGACACCUCAACAGAUGCAGACAAGCCCAAAAUUUUGCUUUAUUCACUCAGCCUCAUGUUCAAGGGAAUCCAGAUGACUGCAACCACACCAUCAAUGAGAGCGGUGCGCUUUGAGACUGGCUUGAUUGAGCUAGAGCUAUCCAACAGAAUCCAGUGUAAGACUCAACCAGGUGGCAGCAGUAGUUACCUCAAACUCUUCGGCAAAUGUCAAGUUGACCUCCACCUGGCCCUUGGUCAAAUAGUCAAGCACCAGGUGUAUGAAGAGGCUGGCUCAGACUUCCAUCAGGUAGCAUAUUUUCGGACCCGAAUUGGUCUACGAAAUGCGCUCCAGGAAGAGAUCAGUGGCUCGUCUGACAAGGAGGCUGUUCUCAUCACACUCAACAGGCCAAUUGUUUUCGCCCAACCAGUAGCAUUUGACAGAGCUGUGCUAUUCUGGCUGAAUUACAAGGCAGCAUAUGACAACUGGAAUGAACAGCGUUUGGCACUCAACAAGGACAUCCAUGUGGCCACAAAAGAGGUGGUUGACAAGCUGCCAGGUAUCCAACAGACAUCAGCCCAGGCCUUCAGCACACUCUUUCUUCAACUGACCGUCAAUGACCUGGGUAUUUGCCUGCCCAUAACCAACACGUCGCAGGCAAACCACAGCAUAGACUUUGACACCAGCUCAGCUUUGGUCUUGACUAUUGAGAGUACACUGAUCACCGCCUGCUCCUCUGAGUCCUUGGUUAGCAAAGGCCAUUUCAAGAAUUUCUGCAUCCGGUUUGCAGAGGGCUUUGAGACCUCUUGGGAUGACUGGAAGCCUGAGAUCCGAGGCGACCUGGUCAUGAAUGCUUGUAUAGUCCCAGAUGGCACAUAUGAAGUGUGUUCCAGGACCACGGGACAACCAUCUGCUGAGAGCAGUAGUGCUGGUACCUGGACCCUAAAUGUGCUUUGGAAAAUGUGUGGUAUUGACGUUCACAUGGACCCCAACAUUGGCAAGCGCCUCAAUGCCCUGGGUAAUACGCUAACAUCAAUGACAGGAGAGGAAGACGUUGAAGACAUAACAGACCUCAACUCUGUCAACAUGGUGGAUCUUUCAGAUGAUGAAGUAGACACCAUGUCACCUACCAUCCACAUGGAGGCAGUUGAUCCCAGAAGGCAGCUAGUCAUGGGGAACCAGAUGAUUGAUGCGCGCGGCAGAAAGUUUACCAAGAGGGUGGUGGACAUCAGAGAGCUAAACGAACAGGCCAAAGUCAUCGACGACCUGAAGAAAUUGGGAGCAAGUGAGGGCACGAUCAAUCAAGAGAUUCAGCGUUAUCAACAGCUGGAGUCUGUGGCUGUCAAUGACAUCAGGAGAGAUGUCAGAAAGAAGCUGCGUCGCUCCAGUAUGAGGGCGGCCUCGCUAAAAGAUAAGUGGGGUCUUGGCUACAAACCAAGCUACAACCGUUCCAAAAGCAUCUCUGCAGCAGCAGGUCGACCACCUCUAAAAAGGAUGGACAGACAGAGCUCCAGAAUAGGAGAUGUGGAUGAAUUCCCUGAUGUGCGUCUGGAUGCAUCCUCUCCUGGACCGCGGGUCACUUUCAACAUCCAGGAUCCGGGUUUGGAGUCUGCAAUUGCACCUGUCAGUCCCGGAGAUGUAUUCAAGUUUCCUGAGGAGUCAGAGAUGGACCUGUUGUCAGUCACCAUUGAUGAGCCAUCACAUCCUCGUGAUCAGCACCAUCUUCAUUCUUCAUCUAUAAUUGGAGACCACUGCUCAGUAUUCAGUGCUCCUUGUGACCCUGUUCUCUCACCCACAAUUCCCUUCCAGCAUGAUGACAUCCAACGAGAUGACCUGUCCUCGUCUUCCUCUGAAGAAUCAGAAAAGGAGGAUGAGUUUGAACGCGAGAGACCACUGAGCUAUCGAAGGCCUUUGCAAGGUUCUCAAAGGAAGUCAUCGAGUUUUUCAGCUGUGAGUCAGUUGUUCACUGAGCGUUGGCCAAGCGCACCCACCAGUCGGAGCUUCGGCAGUGCAACAACAGAAAGAAACAUCGACUUUGAGCUGGAUGUGCGUGUUGAAAUAGACAGUGGGAAGUGUGUUCUUCACCAGAGUACUCAGCAACCUGAGCAUGAAGAAAUUUCAUUUAGGAGGAGCUGUGAUCGCAGCCUCAGGAGUCUUGACCAGGAGUCUCCUCCAAAGAAGAAAAAAUUGCAGCCCACAUACACAUCCACUACCCAUCUUCUCGCUGGAAAGAAAUGUCCCUCCACACUGCAGACCAAAUCAAAUGACCUUGAGACCACAGUUUUCUACAUUCCGGGAGUAGACGUAAAGGUGCACUAUAACUCCAAGACCCUGAAGACUGAAUCCCCUAACGCCUCGCGUGGAUCUUCCAUCCCGCGUACUCUUUCCAAAGAGUCAAAGCUGUAUGGUAUGAAAGAUAAUGGUCCUCCCAAUGUCCAAAGUCAGACUAACUCGCUCUUACCUCCCCCACUCCCACCUAUCCCAUCAGCCAAAGGUAAAGGUAGUGGAGGGGUGAAAACAGCAAAGCUUUAUGCCUGGGUGGCCCUCCAGACUCUGCCAGAGGAAAUGGUCAUCAGCCCUUGUCUUCUUGAUUUCUUGGAAAAAGCACUAGAAACCAUUCCUAUUACUCCAGUGGAACGGAGCUAUUCAGCUGUGGCUGCUCAGGAUGAGGACAUGGGUCAGUUUGAGACAGUGGAACAGCUCGAGGAAUCGACCACCUCCCUAGUUUCUUCUUCAACAUCAGCAUAUUCUUCUUUUCCUGUGGAUGUGGUUGUCUAUGUCAGAGUUCAGCCUUCUCAGAUCCGCUUCAGCUGCCUCCCAAUGUCAAGAGUUGAAUGUAUGCUCAAACUGCCAUCACUGGACCUGGUUUUCUCUUCUAACCGUGGUGAAUUAGAGACCCCAACUGGAGCUCAACCCAAUGAUGGGUCACACUCACUCUCCUCCACUCCUCCUGGCCAGCACAUCCCCAAACUACCUCCUACUAAAGCUUCUCCAUUACUGGGGAGCCCUCUGGGGCGAAGCCGCCACAGCAGUAGUCAGUCGGACCUCACUGGAGGCCAAAGUAACUCUUCUGGUCUCAGCUUCACUGCCUGCAUGUCUGACUUCUCGCUCUAUGUCUUUCACCCUUAUGGCGCUGGAAAACAGAAAUCUGCUGUCACAGGCCUGCCCCCAGGCCCAAGUCCGUUAGGUACAGUAGAUGAGGAGCCAGCAUCUGUGACAGGAAGAAAGGACUCUUUGAGCAUAAACUUGGAGUUUGUAAAAGUCAGUUUGUCAAGAAUGAGACGGACAGGAGGCCCAACAUUUAUUGAGAGCUUCGUUCCUGGUAAAGGUGGUAAAAUGGACACCACCCUCAUCAAUAUCUCGGCUGUUUGUGAUAUUGGCUCAGCUUCCUUUAAGUAUGACAUGAGACGACUGAGUGAGAUUCUGGCCUUCCCAAGAGCCUGGUACCGCCGAAGUAUUGCUAGACGCCUCUUCCUUGGAGACCAAACCAUCAAUCUGCCAGCCUCUGGCCCUGCCACCCCAGACUCAUCUGAAAACAUGACUCAGCAUCUGUCCCCCGAGUCUAGUCGCAAAGCCUACUGGAGAACCUGGGACGGCAGCACUGGGACACACAUACCUCAGUUCCCCAAUGUCUUCUCUGAUCACACUACUGGAAGCAACAUCUCCCCAGGUGGCCUUGGGCACCUUAGGUCCCCUGCACCCGGACGCAGCAGAAGUGUGUCAGAUUCAUCUGCACCGAGAAGAGAUUCAGCAACAAAAACAUCUACCCCCUCAUUUAGUAAAAAUGGUAAAGCAGCAGGGCAGCAGGGGGCGCCGUGGGAGACACUGGUGGUGUUUGCUAUCAACUUGAAACAACUGACGGUCCAAAUGAACAUGAGCAAUGUCAUGGGAAACAACACCUGGACGACCAGUGGUCUGAAGAGCCAAGGCCGGCUGUCUGUGGGUAGCAACCGCGACCGAGAGAUCAGCAUGUCUGUCGGCCUGGGACGCUCCAAGCUAGACUCCAAGGGUGGCGUAGUGGGUGGAAAUAUAGACGUGAACACUCUAGAGAUGGUCUCACACAUCUCUGAGCACCCAAACCAGCAACCAAGUCAUAAGAUCCAGAUCACCAUGGGUUCCACUGAGGCACGGGUUGAUUACAUGGGCUCAAGCAUCCUGAUGGGGGUUUUUAGCAAUGCUGACCUGCAGCUCCAAGAUGAAUGGAAGGUCAACCUCUGCAAUGUUGAUUCCAGCAUAUCUGAGAAAAGUGAGAUAUUUGUCCAUGGAGACUUGCAGUGGGACAUAUUCCAAGUGAUAAUUUCACGCUCUACCACACCGGACCUAAUCAAGAUUGGCAUGAAGCUUCAGGAGUUUUUCACUCAGCAAUUUGACACCAGCAAACGGGCUCUCUCCACGUGGGGCCCAGGCCCCUACCUGCCUCCAAAAACCCCAGUCAUCAACGUAGAGAAAGGAGCAGCAGAGCUAUACAUGGAUGCAGCACAUCACCGUCACUGGCCCGGGGUGCUGAAGGUAAUCGCAGGUUGCCACAUAUCCCUCUUCCAGAUGCCUCUGCCUGAGGAUGCUGUGCAGUUGGGUGGCUCAAUGAGUCUCCAUGGCAAUCACAUGACCCUGGCCUGCUUCCACGGACCCAACUUCCGCUCCAAGUCAUGGGCUCUCUUUCACCUGGAAGAGCCCAAUAUCGCCUUUUGGACAGAGGCACAGAAAAUAUUGGAGGAUGGUUCCAAGGAUGAUUCCACAUACAUUGUGCAGACACUGGACUUCCAUCUUGGUCAUAACACCAUGGUGACCAAACCAUGUGGUGCACUAGAAAGCCCGAUGGCCACCAUAACCAAGAUAACCCGGCGAAGACACGAAAACCCUCCACAUGGCGUUGCAACUGUGAAAGAAUGGUUUAACUAUGUCACUGCCAUGAGGAAUGAAGAGUUGAACUUGCUGAGGAAUGUGGAAGCCAACAACCCAGAAAGUGGAGCUGCUGCCAAGAGCUCCAGUCUGCUGAGCAGCUUCCGCAGCAAUUCGAACUACAACCACGAGACUGAGACGAUAUUUGCCCUUCCCAGAAUGCAGCUGGACUUCAAGUCCAUCCAUGUACAAGAUCCUGUUGAGCCUUCUCUGUCAGAUUCCAACAGCAAACCAAAGGUAGAGUGCAGUGUUGUCACAGAAUUCACAGACCAUAUCUGUGUAACCAUGGACGCCGAGCUCAUCAUGUUCCUUCAUGACAUGGUGUCUGCCUACCUGAAAGAGAAAGAGAAAGCCCUUUUCGCCCCACGAAUGUUUGCGGCUCGGCCAGGUCAGAAGAGUCCUACGGCCAUGCACGAUGACAGCUGCACAUACAAGGAGAAAGACGACAGCAUCAACUACACCACAGUGGACUGGAGGGAGUUUAUGUGCAACACCUGGCACUUGGAGCCCACUCUCAGGCUGAUUUCGUGGACAGGCCGUAAAAUUGAUCCAGUGGGAGUGGACUACAUCUUACAAAAACUGGGCUUCCACCACGCUCGGACUACAAUUCCCAAGUGGCUCCAGAGGGGCGUGAUGGAUCCGCUGGACAAGGUACUGUCAAUGCUCAUCAAGAAGCUGGGCACCGCCCUACAAGAUGAGAAGGACAAGAAAGGCCGAGAGAAGGAGGAGCAUUAGCCCUGAGGACAUGAUGGCUGUUUUUGCACUGUUUAUUUGGCUCAUCUUGUGAAUUUCAGUUUGCUGCGGUGUGCGCUACCACAAGUAGCUUUGACUGAGGCUUUUGCAUUGAUGUCAUGAUCUGUAUAGUUUAAAAAGAGUAGCAAUUAGUAUAGUAUACUUCAAUUGCUUUAAUGGUUCCAAUCCUGCCUCUUUUACAUGUUGCAGAUGACCUCUCUUGAUUUUUUUUUUUUUUUUUUAAAGGCUUUCCGAAAUGAAUGAAAAAUGAUUCCUUAAAUAUUGCUUUUUCUUUGUUUUGAAUGGAACACAUGGUAAAUUAUGCUUUACUUAUAGUAUUUUAUGAUGUAUUUAAUAUUUCCAAUAUUUGUUUUUCCUUGAUGUGAACAAAUGAACACUGGUAUAUUUGGUAUACGAUCUGUCAUGAUUAUUUAUGGAUAUGUGGAAUGGAAAUCUUGUAACAUGAAUUAGCUUGAUGGGCCAAGCUUGAUUUUUGUGUUUAGUUAGUGUAUAUAAUGACAUUUUGUGAAUGUUUUGAUUUCCUAACUUAAUAAAAUAAUUCCACUGGAUUUUA